AUGGCAAACGACGAUGACGAUCAAAAUGCAGGAAAUGCAUCUAAUGUAAGUACCGCUAACACUUCGCAUUUACCAGAAAUAAGUCGUAUCACAAUAAAAGCACCCACAUUCGUGAAGAAUGAACCAGAUUUAUUUUUUAUUCAAAUGGAAGCUCAAUUUAGAAACGCAGGAAUUUCUAACGACAAUUCAAAAUACAAUCAUGUUAUCGCGGCACUAGAACCACAAUAUUUAUCAAUGGUUUCUGAUUUGGUUCGUAAUCCACCCACAUCAGAUAAAUAUGAUUCAAUAAAAAAACGUCUAAUCGAUGAAUAUACACAGUCUGACCAAAAGAAAUUAAGGGUUUUGCUCACUGAAAUUGAACUCGGUGACGACAAGCCGUCACAUUUAUUACGAAAAAUGCGCGAUUUGGCAAAAAAUUCUCUCACAGACGACGCAUUAAAAUCAUUAUGGAUCGAUCGAUUACCUGAGAAUGUCAGGGCCGUUGUAGCCAUUUCUAACGACGAUUUAACAACGUGCUCCAAUUUAGCCGAUAAAAUUUUAGAAUUGACAACGCUAAAACAAACCACAUUGAUGAAUGUCAAUGAAAUUAAAACGGAUAAUUUUUCUAUUUCGGAAUUAAAAGCACAAAUCAAUGAACUAUCAAAGUCUAUUCGCGAAUUAAAAUCAAAUAGCAAGCAAGGCACACAUUCGUCAAGAGUUAUCGAAACAAAAAAUCGUUCACGCUCUAAAUCUAGGGGGAAGAGUCCAUAUUGUUAUUUUCACUACAAAUUCGGUGCCAUGGCACGCAAGUGUGAACAACCAU